GUUUUGCUGUUGCGUCUUCGGUGAUUAAUGUGUUGUGGGUUAUCGUUGAUCCAGCCUCGUGUCCUCGUUGUUUGGGAGCAUACGCCUCACUGACACCACGCGCCUAUGCAUCUCUGCCCAACCCUACUAAUGUUGUGACUAUGACUAGGGUGCUUAAGUCUCAACCCUCUGGCACAUGUGCAGAUAUGCCUCGUGUCAAGGCAGGGCGUAUCCACAAAAGGCGUAGAAACAUUGAGUGUUAACCUUGUUGGAUACCUCGACACGGCCACCCGUCAGCCUACCAUGACUGAGCGAGAGCCAUACGCAGGGACUGCACGCAAACUUGUGCUAGCUUUCGACGUAGGGACUACAUACAGCGGUAUUUCUUAUAGCAUUCUCGACCCGGGGGAGCCGCCAGUCAUCAACGAUGUGACACGUUUUCCGGCCACAGACCGUGUGGGUGGCAAUUCGAAGAUACCCACUAUCGUUUAUUAUGAUAGAGAGGGAAACCCGCGAUCUUUUGGUGGGGAAGCUUUGCAGGAAGCAACUCUCGAGCUCGCGGAGGAAGAGGAAUGGUCCCUUCAUGUGGAUGACUUAGAUAUCCCCGCGCUUCCACCAUUCAAGAAUGCGAUAGACAUCCUCACCGACUUUCUGGGCUACCUAUUUCAGUGCGCCAAGAGGUACAUAGAGGAGAGCCAUGCAAAUGGGCGAGACGUAUGGGCAUCAUUCGGAGAUAAUAUUGAUUUCGUUCUUAGCCAUCCCAAUGGAUGGGAAGGUCCACAACAAGCCCAGAUCCGCAGGGCAGCAGUGCGGGCUGGACUCGUUCCGGAUACACCGGAAGGGCAAGCCAGAAUUCGACUCGUUACAGAGGGCGAAGCAAGCUUGCAUUACUGCCUAGAGUCCAGGAACGCUGCGGACGGGUUCAGGGAUGAUGUAGGUGUCAUGAUCAUUGACGCUGGAGGAGGAACAAUCGACGUCACUUCCUACUAUAUGACCUCAUCUGAAUCACCUCCUACGCUGCACGAAAUUGCACCUGCCGAAUGUCGUUUGCAAGGGUCUGUUUUUGUCACACAGCGUGCUGGGCAACACCUUCGUGAGAAGUUGCAAGGUUCUCGGUUCGGAACAGAGGAAGACAUCAAUCUGAUGAAGAACGAAUUCGACAAGACCACGAAACUUCGGUUCAGCAGUCCAAAUGAUCCGUCUUUCAUCCGCUUCGGGACUGUGAGAGACAGAGACCUGGAUUAUAACAUCAGAUCCGGGCAGCUCAAACUCCCUGGGAAUGAAGUUGCUGCUCUGUUUGAACCCUCGGCGGAGGCUAUCAUAGCUGCUGUGGAGGAUCAGCGUGAGGUAGCGACUCAGCCAAUCAGCCAUGUUUUCCUCGUCGGUGGAUUCGGCGCAAGCGACUGGCUCUUCGCCAGAUUGAGGGAUCACCUGGAACCGUUAGGUCUCCAGUUCUGCCGACCAGACGGCCACACAAACAAAGCGGUAGCCAAGGGAGCUGUUGCUUUUUAUCUUGAUCAUCGCGUCUCAGCUCGUGUGGCGAAGUUCACGUAUGGAACGCGCUGCGCAGUAGCGUUCGACAGGAACGAUGAAGAGCAUCUCCGGCGGGCUUCUUCCGCGAUUCCUCGUCCCUCAGGGCGUACAGUGAUUCCGAAUGCAUUCAGUGCUAUACUGUGCAAGGGCAUAGCAGUCUCUGAAACGAAGGAGUUCCGGAAAGAUUUCAUUGUGGAAUGUGCAGAAAGGAACACAUGUGAUACCAUCGCUACGGAGAUCGUGUGCUACAGAGGCAACUCGCGGAACCCCCGAUGGGCAGAUUCGGAGCCAGCCAUGUUUUCGAAUCUAUGCACUGUUCACGCAGACACAUCACGAGUCUCCAGGACACUCAGCCCGCGUCGCGGUUUCGCGGGUAUGCAAUUCUACAGACAGCAAUUCAGCAUCGUCCUCAAAUUUGGGCUCACCGAACUUGAAGCGCAGAUUAGUUGGGUCGAAGACGUGAGCGUUCACACUUCAACGGUGGUUUUCGAUCACGUGGUGGAAGCCAUCUGAGUCUGCACAUAGUGGAUGUUACCACGGACAUGCGUGCUUUAGGUAUCAUGGGUUUGAACCGUUGUGUAUUUGCUAGCUGG